AACUACAAGAGAAUGACCUCUUCACCAUCACAUCUUCAAAUUCCAGUUAAUGAUAUUAAUGAUGAGGAGGAGAAUAGUGAUCGAGAAGCAUCUGAGGAACAAGAACAAGCUGUAGAUGUAGUUGAAGAAGGUGAAGAAAGAACAGGGUUAUUGAAUGGCGUUUUAACUGAAGAAGAAAAAGGAAGGACGGCAACUGAAAAAGGAUUAAAAGCCGAAUAUCUUGUGCCAUCUUUUCCGUCGGUAACUUUUCCUAACCAUUAUUCAAUCGUGACAGGAUUAUAUCCAGAAUCACAUGGAAUAGUAGCAAAUGAAUUUUAUGAUCCAAUAUUAAAAGAUGAUUUUUUUUAUAUAAAUCCAAAUAAGAGUUUAGAUUCAAAAUGGUGGAAAGGAGAACCAAUAUGGGUGACAACCGUUAAACAAAAUCAAAAAUCGGGAGUAUCAAUGUGGGUUGGAUCAUCAUCAGUUAUCGAUGGACAUGUUCCAACAUAUUUCCAUGAAUAUAAUGCUAGUCGUAGUAUGCAUGAAAGAAUAGAGCAUAUCAUCAAUUGGUUAGAUAUGGAAUUAGAGGAUAGGCCAACAUUCCUGGCUGGAUAUGUUAGUGUAGUUGAUUCUAUGGGACAUAAAUUUGGACCCGAUUCUCAGGAAGUUAAUAAAGCUCUUGAAGCUGUCGAUGAUUAUGUUAAAAUAUUAUUAAAUAAAAUUGAGGAAAGAAAUUUAACUGACAUUGUCAACAUAAUCUUUGUUAGUGACCAUGGAAUGGCACAAACAAUACCAUCAAAUAUAAUUUUUUUAGAUAAUGUGUUUAAUAUAUCAAAAAUACACCCAUUAGAAGGCUUUCCGAUAGGUGGGAUACGUCCAUAUAAUGAUUCUGAUAUAAAUGAAAUCUUUGAUUUACUUCAAAAUGCGAGUGAAAGUCAACCAUGGACAUGUUAUUUAAGAGAAAACAUUCCAGAAAGGUUUCAUUAUAGAAAUUCAGUUAGAAUCGCUCCCAUUAUUUGUAUACCACCUGUUGGUUGGGUAUUAACUAAUCAUAGAGAUUUUAAUGAGAAAUUGCCACGAGGUGCGCAUGGUUAUGAUAAUCAAGAUCCUACCAUGAGGGGCAUAUUUUUAGCUAAUGGUCCAUAUUUCAAAGAUAAGAAAGGGGGAGACGAUGGAAGAGUUGUCAAUCCGUUUAUUAACGUUGAAAUUUAUAACACUAUGUGUAAAAUUUUGGGAUUAAAACCUGCUCCUAAUAAUGGAACAGUUGAUGGAAUUAUAUAA